CUCGUCCUUACGCAAGUAGCUACACCGAGAAGUACUUUCACACCUAUGUUAGCUUUCCACAUUACCGUUACUGGCUUGUUAUUUUCCUCAUUUGCGUCUAUCAUUAUCGUUAUCAGCUUGAUUUAAUACUCGAGAUGCAAAUCGGUGUAACUUUGGUGGUUUCGGGCUGCUUUUGCACGGACUGCUUCUAGGGUCGUAGAAGCAGCAUAAUGGCAGUAGAGCCGGAGGAUGGGACGCCAACCGAUCUUGCUAAAUUGCGAGAAGAGUACAAGCAGCUUUCUGCUCAACUACCCGCCGCUCUUCGGUCGAAGAAUUCGGAAGUCCUUAUCGAGUACAUCGCUUGCGUAUUUAGUGAUGCCGAUGGUGCUGUCGCCUCUGGGAUCACAAAGGCCGGCAGCGGAACGGUCAUUAACAACUCCAACGACUGCCCAGCAGCCGCAGCCCCAGGCGGCUCUAAGACAGAUUCCGACGCUGGUCCCUCCAAGCCCACCUCCCCCACCGCAAACCUAACGUCUCAUGAAGUCUCAGCCGGCCUGUCCCUGCUCAGCCACCUACGCGACGAAAUAACCGUGACCGAAGACACCGUGACCACCGCAAGCAGCGAACUAGGAUGGCUUGGCAUCAUGACCGAUGUCCUAUCCGGCCAACCCGACGCCGCCGCCCUAUCCCGCUGCCCCGACUGCUGCCGCCCCAUCCUCACCUGCCGCAUGCCGCUCCACCGCCAGCUCUGCAUCCCACCGCCCGCCACCUCCCGCUCCAAGCAGCAGCCCGGCCCCAGCCCCAAGCUCCCGCGUACUGGACCCACCGGAUCGCGAGGCAGCACCGGCGGCGGUACGGCUGCCGGCAGGGGAGCCGGCGGCGGGGGUGGCGUUGCCGCCGGCCGAGGCGGCGGCCGCGGUCGUGGACCCGGGCGGCCCCCUGGGUCAGGGGCUGGACGGGGCGGCGCGGGUCGCAUGAUGAAGAGCCUGGCCGCACUCAGUCGGGAGCUGCCUAGCGUGGGAGCGCCUUCCUGGAGUGCUGGUGCUGGUGCUGGUGCCGCUGGUGCAGCCUCCCCAGACGCUUCUGCUGCUGGCGGUGUUACCGCCGCUGCCGCAGCAACCACCAUGGCACGUGGACCCACGAAGCUGAGCAAGGUCAGUUUUCCAAAGUCGCGGGGGGCAGAGUCUAGUGAGGAUGAUGCGGAGAGUGAGGAGACGCCCAGCACGCCGUCUUCGGAAGUGGAGGAGGAAGAAGAGGAGCCGACGGCUGAUGAGGAGACGGAGGAGGAGGAGGGUGAGGGUGCUGCUGCGGGCGGUGGCGAUGCGGCGGGAGGCACCAGCGGCGCCACUGCCGCAGCUGUUGCUGCUGCUGCUGCGGCUGCUAGUGGCAACGGCGAUGCUGCAGAGGAGGAGGAGGAGGAGGACGUGAACGGUGGCGACGCUGGCGGCGGCGAGGGUGGUGGCUCGCAGGGGGUGAAGGGAGAGGCCGGCCUGCUGACGCGGUUCCUAAAGGGCCUGGUGGGGCCCUUUGCCUUCCCGGCUGCAGCGAGGCGAGGACGGUCGGCAGCGUCCAGCAGGCGCAAGCGUUCCAUCGCGCCCUCGGACCCCUUCAUCCGCUCCCUGGAGGAGGUGGCUGCGGGGCUGCGAACCUCCAAGCUGGCAGCCAUGCUGCCCAGCUCAGCCAAGAGGAUCAUCAAGCUCAAGACGGGAUCCGGCACGGCGCUUGUUCCUGGACCAGCAGGUGCUGCUGCUGCUGCCGGGGCAGGCAGCGGCGGCGCGGGAGCGGGAACAGGAGCGGCUGGGAGCAGCAGCGGCGGUGUUGCUGGUGCUGCGGGUACGGGAGCGGCUGGCAUGGCACCUGGUGGAGGGGAAAGGGCUGCAACCCGAGGAGGGGCUGGUGGUGGUGGCGCGGUGGGUGCGGGCGGCAGGGCGGUGCCGUCGGCUGGGGCGGAAGCGGCGGCACGGGCAGGGCUGCGGACGGGUGGUCAGCUGCAGUCGCAGCUCCUGCAGAAGCGACGGCAGCAGGAACAGCAGCAACAGCAGCAGCAACAGACCGCACAUCAACAGCGGCAGUUGCGCUCGCAGCGACUGGCAAGCAGUGGCGCGGCUGCUGCACAGGCGGAGGACGCAGCAGCAGCAGCACCAGCCGCCUCAAUGCAUGAGGGUAACGGAGAUGCAGGAGCUCGUGGUCCCAGAGGGCCAGAGGCGGCAGGGCAAGGGCAAACGCAGCCCGCAUUGGGCUCUCCCGCAGGCACUCGUCCCUUCCCUCCUGCUCAUAACGGCAGCCCCCAAAAGCACAACCAACAGCCUCAGCUCCGGACGACGGCUGCUGCUGCUGCCGUCGGAUCCUCGCCGCUAGGAGGAGGAGCAGCUCCAGGCUCCCCUGGAGCUCUGGCGGGUCGGAAACGACCCCCGGAUCAGGAACUGCAAAGACCCACGAGCCGGCUGCGGGGUCAGGUGCUCGUCCAAGCUUCUGCCGCGGGAGCGGGCGCGGAGGGGGGGCCGCAGCGGGCAACAGGUGGAGCGGGACCGGGGCCUGGGACAGGGCCGGGACCUCAUGCAACCGGAAUGCAGCCCGGUGCCGCUGGACGCAGCAGCCUCCAGCCUGCAACCGGGCAGGACGUCGGCACCACCACCAACAGCACCGCAGCUGGCGGAAGCGGAAACGGCAGCGGUUCUGGCGCUAAUGCGGCGUAUUAUGGAGGCCGCCAGGUGAAGCAGCAGCAGCCGCAGCCUGGUGCACCCACAGCGGCCUCCCUAGCAGGCGCCGCAAGCGGGGUACCACCAAGCACAGCGAAUGGCGGGACCGGGCCGGCAAGGCAGGGCUCAGCCAGCCUGCCGCCUGGCAUGAUGCCCACGCCGGGUUCCGGAGCCGCCGGUAUGGCGCCCGGACCGUCUGGCUCCGGAGCGGGCUCGCAAAUGGUUCCCACGCCUGGCUCUGUUCCCGGCAUGAUGCCGACACCCGGCUCGGGGGCAGGCAUGAUGCCCACGCCCGGUGGCGGCUCCUCGCUUGCGCCCGUGCCAGGCACUUUCAUGAUGGUGCCUACGCCGGGUGGCGGCGGCGGUGGCGGCAGCUCGCAGCUGGGGCGGGGCAUGAUGCCGACACCCGGCAUGAUGCCGACACCGGGUAUGAUGCCUACGCCCGGGUUAAUGCCGCCGCCACAAGCGCCUGUUGCUGCAACGGUGGCGACGUCUGGCGCUGCCGCGGCGCCGCCGCCGCAUCAUCAGAUGCAUGGGCAGCAUGGCAACGGUGGCCGGGCUGUGUCGUCACAGCACCAGCCAGGGCCGCCAGGCCUGCACCAACACCAGCAGCAGCAGCAGCAGCAGCAUGGCUUGCAGGGUCAGCAGCCUCACCUGGGGCACCAUGCGGCUCCGGUACAGCAGGCGACGGCAACCUCACAGCAGCAGCAGCAGCGGCCUGCUCAACAGCAACAACAGCCGGCACAGCAGCAGGUGCAUCAGCAGCAGCAUCACCCGUCAACGGGUCUACCACCUCAGGUGACCCUUCAGCUGCAGCAGCAGAUGCAGCAGCAGACACGACAGCUUCUGCAACAGCAGCGGCAACAGCAACAGCUAAUGGCGCAGCAGCAACAACAAGGACAGCAGCAACAAAUGCACCCACACCAACAUCCGCAAGCGCCACAGCAACAGCAGAAUCCGCAACAGCAACAACAACAGCAACAGCACCUACAACAGCAGCAAGCACCGGCAGCCCCGCAAGCGCACCGCAUGCAACCCGCCGUUCACACACAACCCAAUGCUGCUACCAUGCAACCGUACCAACCGCAACCCGCCAUGCAUCCACCCGGCCACCCCCACUCCCACCAGCAGCAGCAGCAGGCCCUCAUGCGACCUGGCGUCCCUGCCAUGCAUGCACAAACCAACCCGGCACCCACCACCGCACCCCCAGCCAACCAAGCACCCGGCAUGGCACCGUCCUUCCCGUACCCAAUCCAGCAACAACAACAACCUCAGCAGCAGCUGCCUCCGCAGCAGCAGCAGCACCGGCCCGGUGUGCUAGCCGCCGCCACGCCUGCCGUUCCCGCCCAUGCGGCUCCCAUGAGGCCUGCUGCUGUGGCUGCAGCGGGGGCUCCCAACGGUGUUACCGUGCCGGGGCAGCCGGGCCAGCCGCAUGCUGCAGCCGCGCCCGGAUCGAUGCCUCCCCCCGGGUCCUCGGGCCCUGCGGCCAUGGCCCCCCCGCAGCAGCAGCAGCAGCUCCUGCAGCAGCACUACCUGAUGACAGCGCAGGCCCGGUCGCAGCAGACCGCGGGCGUGGCGGGGGGUGCGGCGCCUGGGUCGGCGGCGGCGAUGCCGGCGCCUGGUGCAGGCGCUCCUCAGCCCGCCAUGCAACCGGUUGCCAAGCCCGCGGUGGCUGGUGCCAUCGCAGCAGCCGCUGCUGCUGCAGCUGCCACCGCUACCAACUCCAGCGGCUUCGUCCCAGGCACCCUUCUGACUCCAGCGCAGGUGCAGGCCACUGCACAGGCCGUGCUGCAGCAGCAACAGCACAUGCAGAUUGCGCAACAGCUCCAAAAGGCGCAGGAGCAGCUGCAACAUGCUCAGCAGCUGCACCAGCAGACGCCGCACAGCCAGCCAUCCGCGCAGCUGCAGCAGGCACAGCUGCAGCUGCAACACGCUCAACAGCUGUUCCAGGCGCAGGUGCAGGCGCAGCUGCAGCAGCGGAUCAUGGCGGCGCAGCAACAGGCCCAAGCCCAGCUGCAGCAACAACAGCAGGCCCAAGCCCAAGCUCAGGCCCAGCAAAAUCUGCAACAGCAGCAGCAACACCCUCCGCAGCAGCAGCUUGUGCCUCAGCCUAAUGCCCCCGGCUUCCCGGCUAGGAUGCCCAGUGGGGGCCAGCCCACUGCCGCCUCCAUGCAGCCACAUCAGCAGUACAGCGCUACAGUACCGCAGCAGCAGCAGCCGCAGCAGGGCCUCCACCCGCAACCGCAAGCACAAGGGCACUUGCUGCGGCAGCCCUCAAUGCAGGCCCCCGGCCCACACGCUCUGCAGCCGCAGUCGCACCAACAGGGCCCUCAGUACCCGCAGCAGCCGCAGCCACAGCCGCAGCCACAGCAUCCGCAGGCCGCCGCCGUCUUCGCCUCUGUCGCGCCUGCAGGGGCACAAUACACGGCCGCGCCGCCCCCACAGCAACAACAAUACCACCAGCAGCAGCAACAACAGCAGACGUAUCUGCGGCAGCCGCAGCAGCCGGUGUACCAGCCACACCCACAGCAGCAGCCCCAGCCCGGGCAACAGCAGCCGCUGCAGCCGGCUGGGCAGCCGCACUAUGGCAUGCAGGUGGGCCCUCAGGUUCAGUCCGCCUCUUAUGUGGGUCAGCCCGCUUAUGCUCAGCCCCCGCAGUACCUGUCCAUGCAGCCGCAGCCAGCCCUGUCCAUGCCAGGUGGGAUGAUCCCGGUGGCGAACGGCACCGCUCAUCAUCAGCAGCACUAGCACUGAGCUGAUGUGUGAAGUCGUGUCACUAACGCAUGUUGCCGUCAUGGCGUUACCGGCAUUGCCUUAAGAGUUGUGCAGAGCUGUAUUCGGACGUACGAUCGAAUUAUAUCAACUGGCGGCUUGCUUUAGGGUAGGAGUGCUCGCUAGAGGGGUUUUUGGAGUUCAGGGGAACAAGGUGUGAGGAGGCUAGCCGUCCGUUUUGCUUCGAAGGUCGACGACCGAACCAUGGGUCAUGUGUUCAAGAAAAGAUUUGGGUCUUGGCAAUUGGGUGCUUUAAGCGCUCAAUGGCCAAUACCCAAAGCGGGGCGUUGUGGGGUCUGUUAACGGGAGGCGGAUGUCUGGAGUGGCAGCUACCUCCGUCGGCUGGUAGAAGGACGGGGGAACCUAGAUCUAACCUAGCUGCCCUAACAGGAAGUGGGUAUGUGUACCGCCCCUGACUGACUCUACGACCUUGCCGGGGCUCUGCUCG